UAGUGUCAGUGUGCAGCGCUCAGUCAUGACAAGCUGAAUGAUGCUUUAGUCAAACAUGCCGUUGCUCACACAAAAUAAAAUAGAUAGUAUUUACUACAGUUAUCUGGACACUAUCCGACGAGUUACGCGUGCUUGUGUAUUUAUUCCUGAUUGCGGCUCAUAUUGUGAAGCAAAUAUCAUCAGCUACAUGCUAACACCAUUUAACCCGCUGCGAUUUAUGAUCAAGCUUUGAUUGAUUGUCCUUAUAAAGCGGCAAGUGCAACAAUUCCAUUGUGUUAAAUGUCUUGACUUGGCAUUCAAUAUAAAACAGAAAGAGAAAUCAUAAAUCAAUCAAUGUCAAUGACCACUGUCAGUCGUCACUCGAUGCAAUUAGCAUCUAAAUAAUUUCUAUAAGGACGAGAUUUUCGAGAAGAACCGAGGAGAUCAGAUACAGGAUGACGGACACACUCGUCCUCUCGUUCCAGACACAGUUGUCUGCGGUCAUGGAAACUGUCCUCAAGACCACAAUGUACGAGAUCACCAGGUUAGUGGAGGAGAGCUUCUUGGAGCAGAUGGAUCGCGGGAAACGCGAGGCGGAGGUGUUGAGACGAAGGCUGAUCGUGUCGGAGGCUAAACUGAGGGAACGGGAGAGGUUCAAGAGGGUGCGUUGUGUGGACUGUGGUCGGACAGCAGUGCCCAAGAGGAGAAUACUAAACAGAGGCACAGAUACACAGUGCGGUUUGGGCCAACCCCUUAUUCUAAAGCAGGAGAAAGCCUCUGACAGAAGUUGGAGGUGUAGUGCCAAGGGAAGCACAAUGUCAAACCAGGAGAAGCCUUCAACGGUCCUAGAAACUCAGCAAAAUGCUGUUCUAGAGGAUGGACCUAAGGAUGUAGGAGAAGUGAAAGAGGAGGCCACCGUGGCUAGAGAUAAUCAAGCUUGCCUAUUAAUGCAUUCUCAAGUACACAAACAAAAGGAUUCUCAUAACCAACUGGAAGAAACCAUUGGGCUGGAUGAUACUGACUCUGACCACAGGACACUAAAGAACAAACCAAGUGGUGGCACACCUUGCACUGAGAAGCCUGGGAAUGAGGAUGACGUGUUACACAGGAACCAACCAAAAUGGUUUAGUUCUAAAACAGACCCUCUUCCUCAGCCAGAACCAGUCAGGACUUCAUCAUCUACUCAGUCUCAGGGUUUGAGACCGCAAGUAGGCAGCCUAGACUCGGGAUCCAUUAAACAAGAAGUUGUAGUGAUGCUUCCAACAGACUGGGAAGACAUUGAUAGGAUUAGGCCUCCAAUGGUUUCUGCUCACAGUAGUGCUAAAAAGACACAAUUGGAACUUAAGCCUGGCGAUCCCGUCACUGCUAGACCUCAAGUUGAGGAGCGAGUUCCAUAUCCUGUGCCUCCUAUCAAUGUUCAGGGCCUUGCACCGCAAACCAUACAGCAUUCAGUUAGGAAGAACACAAAAGUUGUUCUAUAUACCAAUGCGGUUGUUUCAGAUAAAGGUGCCAAUGAUGUAAACAUGGUACAUUCCAUCUGCAAAGGCCUUCCCGCUCCAAAACCAUCUCAACUCCAUCAAUACACUGAAGGAGCCGGUACAGGUGAAAGAAGUUUCAGCACCGUACACCAAGGAAGGGGUCUCCCACAGGUGAUCAAUAUGAGGGUUCAGGGUGACACCCGACACAAUUCGGCGAGGACAACACACGAUUGCAACCAGUGUGGAAAAGGCUUUUCUCACCUUUGCCACCUCAGAGCUCACCAACAGAUCCACACAGGAGAGAGGCAGUUCUGCUGUACAAUCUGCAGCAAAAGCUUCACAAAACUGAGUAACUUGAAAGCUCACCGCAGGGUCCACACGGGUGAGAGACCUUAUAUCUGCACAGACUGUGGUAAAAGGUUUACCCAGAAAUGCAACUUGAAAAGGCAUCAGAGAAUUCACUCUGAAUUCACACACUCCAAUAUAUGACAAGAUGUGAUGGAAUACGUCCUUCAUUUAUCUGUGUUACACACAGGAGAUAUUUGUGGAGGUUCUUUGUUUUGCUGACUUGCUGAAUUGUGUUUAAUAUUGUGCUAAUUUUAAUUUGCAGUGGGAGACAAAUGACUAGAUCACUCAGGGGCAAUUACAAUCAUAUUAUGAUAUCUAGCAAACAAAUCAAAGCAGAACACUUUUCCUGCUUUAAGAAAUUAUAUUUGACCUGUUAUAUUAUUUGACUAAAUAUUAUAUUAUUUUACUAAAUAUAUAUUUAACAUGAGAGUUAAGCACAUUUCCCCCCAGAAUUCUCAUUACUGUAUCGUGAAAUAAAAAUAAUCCUGUCUGGAAACAGAAACUAAAUACUACCAUGAUGUAUUAACAUUUAAAUGUAUUUAUACAUAAUAUGAAAAUAUGAAUUAGUUGGAUUCACCCAAUGUUUUGGAAAUUAUCCCUGCCUAUGGGGUUUGUCUCACUUAACAUGGGACUUUUUUCAAGUUUUGAUCAAGAAAACACAUCAACUCAACGAUGUACUGUUAAAGGUGAUGUAAUCAGUGUUGGGUAAGUAACUAAAAAAUUAUGAAUUACUAACUACUAAUUACAUCUUCUACAAUGUAAUUAGCUUACUGUAAUAAUUACUCUGUUUGAAAAGUUAUUGCUUUACUUAUUACUAAUUACUUUCUAAAACCCUUAUCAACCUCGACCAGGUGAAAAAUAUAAGGAGAGACAUGAAAUUGUUCACAUAUAUAAAUAGUAUAAAAUCAAAUAAAUUAUUCAUGAACUGGCCAAAUAAUUUAAGGGGGCUGC